UUUAAACGAUCUUGAAUUUUCCUCAAUCGUUAAUUUUUCCUAAGAAGCAGCAAAAUUGACUUAAUUAUGGAAGUGUCCCAGUUAAGCUCAAUCUUAUCCACAAUAACAAUGAUUAUCAUUGAAAUUGUUCACUUAUUGGCAUCGAUUAUACUCAUUUAUGUGAAAUCAUUGAUUCAUUUAAUUUUCGGUAAGCCGAGGAAAGACAUUUCUGGUCAAGUUGCUGUUGUUACCGGAGCUGGACAUGGACUUGGCCGAGAGUUGGCUCUAGAAUUAUCACAUAAAGGAGCCAAAGUUGCGCUGUUAGAUAUAAACAAACCUGGUGUUGAUAAAGUUGAUCAUGAAAUAAAAUCAACUGGUGGAGUUAGCUGUUCAUACCAAUGUGAUGUGACUAGUCAAACUGAUGUCCAAAAAGUAUUCAACCAAAUUGGUGAUAAUCUUGGACCGAUAGAUAUAUUGAUAAACAAUGCUGGAAUAACUCAUUGUACACCUUUUAUGGAUUUAACGCCUCAACAGAUUCGUAAAACGUUUGAAGUUAACACUUUAUCACAUUUCUGGACCAUUUCAUCGGUUUUGCCUGGAAUGAUUGCCCGUGAAAGAGGUCAUAUCGUGGCUAUUUCAUCGAUCGCUGGAUUAUUGGGAACACCAAAUGUUGUUGAAUAUUGUGCUUCUAAAUUUGCAGUUAACGGUUUGAUGACUUCACUAGAAAAAGAGAUCCAUGCCAAUGGAGCUAAUAAUAAUGUCCAUUUGACAACAAUUUGUCCAUUAAUUAUGGACACCGGAAUGUUUAAGAAACCCAAAACACGUUUUAAUUCAUUGCUUCCAAUUUGUUCCCCUUCUGAUGUGGCCAAGACAGCAAUUGAUUCUAUGCUGAAAAAUGAUUCAAUCAUAACAGUUCCUCAAUCAGCAAUGGCAAUUUACAGAAUAGAAAAAAUUGUUCCUGAAGAAGCUGCACAAAAAGUCCAGGAUUGGCUUGACUAUGGAGUUGGAUCACAUAAAUCAGAUUGAACUCGGUCAUUAUUUGGAAUAAAUUUAUUGAUUUACAGUUAAUUUGAACGACUAAAACAUGAUUUGUUUAAAACAUAAUACCAAUAGAUUACUUUACAAUGUAAAGAUACCAAGAUUAUUGAUUAAUUAGAUUCCUGUAAAAUAAAUGUUACACAAAACUCA